AUGGCUUUGCCAUUAAUGCCACCUGAUAAAAUUGUACAUGGGCUUGAUGAAAUACGUGAAGCUGCUGGUUAUUUACCCGGUAAACCAAUGAUUCAACUAUUGCAAUAUUUUGAUAACAAUUGGAGAUCAGAUAUUAAUCUUUGGAAUGUAUUUGGCUUGAAUAGUAGAACCAAUAAUGUUUGUGAAGGAUAUCACAAUCGAAUGAAAUCUCGUAUUUAUCGACAUCAUCCAAACAUUGGGAAUUUGAUCAAUUUUAUGAAAGCUGAAGAAAAACGUGCACAAAAUAUUAAACUUUAA